AUAUAAUAUCUAUUUUAUGAAGUGCUUGUUUUUAAAAAUUCGAAUAGCCACAUUUUAAAAGGGCAGUUUAAGGUCAAGCAAGUGAACCAAUCAGCAUCGAGUUGACAUCGAAGUGUCGGGCAGGAGAAUAACAGUAAGUAGAGUGCGCCAUUUUUGUACGCCGUCUGUCCUAAGAGAAAAAAGAAGUUUCAUCCGCCAAACCCAUUGCUGGUGGUGCAUCAUGCCUGAUGACAAGAAGAGUUGCUGUCAGUGACCCCGCUUUGGCCUACCUAAAGAAUUAGCAAGUAUUUCCGUUUCUGAAAUUCCCCUGUCCAUCCAAAAUCCUUAUGCUGUAAUAUAUUGCUGUUGAUGAGGUAAAAAUGGACAGUGAACAUGUCAAUUUGAAAGUGGUUGGCCAGGAUGGUAGUGUAGUUCAUUUUAAAAUCAGAAAGCACACAGCGUUAAAGAAGUUAAUGAGCGCCUAUGUUGAAAGAGCUGGUGUUCGGCCAGGCUCGGUGCGGUUCAUGUUUGAUGGGCAGGCAAUUGGAGAGAAAGACACACCUUCACAGUUGGAAAUGGAAGAUAAUGACACAAUAGAUGUGUUCCAGCAACAGACCGGUGGUGGGACAGAUUGCUGAACUAGUGGUCAUGUUUCAUCAUUCUGUACUUGUUGAGUUCUCUCUUGGCUCC